CUACGCCGUCUUGCGGCACCAAAUUUAUUCCAUCAUGUUUCUAUUUUGUAUCAUAUUUUAGGAAAUUUAUUCCUUGCUGUAUUGCGUGUCUAGCGAGAACUUCGUUGGUGUGGUACUGUUUCGGGCUCACUAAUACGUCGAAAUGUCGCUCUCAGCAGAAGAUACAGUCGCCAAUUCUAUCGACAUUACGAGUCCUUGGGAGGAUCCGGAGUUUUACGAUGUCGAUUUCGCUGACACGCCGUGUAAAACGACACCGUCGAGGGCCAGCACUUAUCGGGAUGAUGAUGGCACCGAAUACCCCUCAGGCCUGAAAUUAUGGCUCAUUAUCUUAUCACUAUGCAUGGCGGUCUUCCUCGUUGCGCUUGACCAGACCAUCAUAGCUCCGGCUCUAGGCGCCAUCACUGGAGAAUAUGGCAGUGUUAAGGAUAUUGGUUGGUACGGGAGCUCAUACCUCCUGACCUCGACAGCCCUUCAGCCACUAUACGGCAAGGUAUAUCGAAUAUUCGACAUUAAAUAUUCGUUUCUGUGCGCUGUCGCGAUCUUCGAGCUUGGUAGUUUGGUCUCGGCCAUGGCGCCGUCUUCUACUGUCUUCAUCAUUGGCAGAGCUGUAGCUGGUAUGGGGAGCGCUGGGCUAUUUUCUGGCUCAAUCGUCAUCCUAUCGUACACUUUACCCCUGAGAAGGCGGCCGAUGAUGUUUGGGAUGUUCGGAUGUAUGUGGGGAAUCGCGUCGGUUGCUGGGCCUGGGCUUGGGGGCGUUUUUACGGAUCACCUAACUUGGAGAUGGUGUUUCUACAUCAAUUUGCCCAUCGGAGGAAUUUCCAUGCUAGUAAUAUUCUUCUAUCUCAACAUCGCGCGAGUCAAUAACCCGGAUAACCAAUCAUUCCUCACCCGGGUCCUGGAACUUGAUUUAAUAGGGGCUGCGGUGCUGAUACCUGCGAUUGUCAUCUUGCUUCUGGCACUUCAGUGGGGUGGCGCCCAAUAUCCUUGGAGCGAUCGACGUGUAAUAGGUUUAUUCGCUGGAUCAGGCGCCAUGUUUUUAAUAUUCGUGGGGAUUGAACAUUAUCAGCAGGAUAAGGGGUUGCUGCCUCCCAGGUUCUUCAAGGAUCGCAAUUUGUUGUGCGCCAUGUUGUUCGCUCUCUUCUUCGGCGCCUCUUUCUUCCCUUUGAUCUACUACCUCUCUCUCUAUUUCCAAGCUAUACAAGGCGAUAGCGCCGUCGAGGCAGGCCUUAAGCUCCUACCUCUUUUAAUAUCCGUUGUCAUCAGCUCGAUCGUCUCAGGCGCGCUUAUUACCGUUACCGGAUAUUAUAACCCGUUCAUUCUCGCCGAGAUUGCCAUGGUAGCCGUGGGUGCUGGACUUAUCACGACCCUCGAUAUUCACACGCCCUUCGCCCGCUGGUUCGGAUAUCAAGUCCUUGACGGGCUAGGUGUAGGCGUGGGGUUCCAGGCCGGUGUGGUAGUAGUACAGAAUGUGGUCUCGAGAGAGUUAGUACCUCAAGCCACAUCUUCAGUACAAUUCUUCCAAUCUUUCGGCGGCGCGCUCUUUAUCGCUGUAGCGCAGACCGUAUUCCAAAACGGAUUCAUACGAGCCAUGAAGCAAUAUGCACCCCACGUCGACGCAUCACUCUUCAUCCAUAGCGGCGCAGGUCAGAUUCGUGAGGUACUAGCCGCAGCGCAUCAGCAGAAAGCACUUAAUGGCGUGUUAGAAGCAUAUAUGCAUGGCCUGCGACAGACAUAUUACUUCUCGGCCGGUGCUGCGGUGAUUGCGUUCCUGGCUGCAUUGGGCCUGCAGUGGAAGAAGAUCGAGAAGGGUGGCGGUGCCGCUGUUAUGAAGAAUUGGUAUGAGAGACCUUGCACGCCGGCUCCAGAGUUUGAUACACUAUUUGAGGGCGCCGGUGAACUACAAGCUGCAAGACUACGGAAGCUAUAAUGAUAUGUAGACUGGGUGGGUGGAUUUAACUGGACAUCUAAGUUGAUAUCUAUGUUAAAGUAUUGUAUAGGACGUGAUAUGCAUGAUUUAGGCGCAUAUA